AUGUUUACCUCUCUGGGGAUUGUUCUCUUCCACGCCCUCGACUAUGGCCUUUGCGAAGAUGAGGAGCGAUCACUGGGCAAGCCGCUGGAGUUGCUCAUUGAAAGGCUCACCAGUGCGCAUGAAAUUGCCCGUCGUCGGCAGCGGAAAAAGUCGAGGUCAAGCAAUCACGAGGCGCAUCAUCAGGACAUGCACUCACUGGGGUCGUUCUACGACGAUGACCACCUGGACGAUGAUGAGGUGGACGAGGAGGACGAGGACGAGUGCGCCAACGCUGAUGAGGGCAUCGAGCGGGACUGUCACGAGGAUGGCGACAGUCCGAGCUCGUCGGCGCAAACCAGUCAGCUAGUCGACUUUGAUCAUAUUCUACAGAUGUGCGUCUCUCGGCUCUCCAGUCGCGAGUCUGCUGACAGCCACUACAAGGCAGUCUGUCGGGCGCUGAUCGCCGAAACACUCGAGCUAUCGACUUUUCUCGAUCAGAUUGCCAAAGGAACCAAAGAAUUACGAAAGUCAUCUUCUGUUGUCAUUGGAUCUUCAAACAGUUCUGGGAACGAGUCAGAAGCAACCUUGGAGAAGCUGCAGUUUCAUGACUGGGCUCGACUGUGGAUUCAAGUCAUUCGGGAGCUGCGAUACGGCGUGAAACUUAAAAAAGUUGACACAGAAGAUUUAAUACACAACACCGAAUACGAACUGACUCCUUAUGAGGUAACGUGGAAACAGCGACAACAAGCUCGCAGAGCAAGGGACACAGGUAAUUUACGGUCUGCUUUCGGACAGAUGCUACUCGACGACAUUCGCUCGCGCCGGUACAAACUCAACAAAGUGAUGAUCAACGGCGGCCUGCCACUUCGACUGAAGAAGGAUGCCCAUGAGCUGAUUCUCGACUUUAUCCGCUCCCGACCGCCGCUGGUGCCCGUCUCGAAGCGCGUCCUCAAGCCACCGCCACCGAAAGAGGUGACCUUGUACGAGCGUCUGAUGGACUCCAUUCGACAGGAGCACAAGCUGCGGCCCACUCCCAGGCCAGAGACCACCUUUCACUCACUCUCCGCCAAUACGACACCACUUCCUCGUCACCGGUCCGUGACUCUAACGACCGACGACCUACCUGCAGUGUCAAGCGGCACCACCGGUACCUCAUAUUCAUCACAUGACAGGCUGUUUAAAUCAGCCAGUCAGACGGCGGCAAGGCGUAAAUUGAUCAAAGCAAACAUCACUCUAAAUCUGCCAUUGGACGACGAUGAGGCAGACGAAGACGAGCAGAUUCAGGCACUCCACUCAGGCAGAACUGCUCGACCGAUGUCUGCAUACUUUGCCUCUGAAAUUGCCUCUUUUGAUGAGCACGACACCUCGAUGAAUGGCACUGGUGAAGAGCCGAAUUGUGAGGAGAAAAAAGAAGACAAAGAGGAGGCCAAAGAAGGAGCUUCAAAGGAGGCAGCAGAAGAUCAAGUGGACGGCGACGACAAAGAGAACAAUUCUAAAGCGCGAAUUCUCCAGCUUAAGCGAUUCUCUACAAAGCUCUUCUCUCGUGAAAGGCGUCACUCAAUUAGCGGCCUUGAUACCAAAUCGUUGAAGCUACACAACAACGCUCCAUCGGACAUUAUUGAGAAUCUAAACUUUGAAGAGGAUUCACGGAACUUAGUGGCCACUAUUUGGGAAAGCACCGAGCUGGGCAAGUCGCUAGAGUGCCUUUCAUUGACGCUCAAAGAGGUGCAACACAUUCGAUCGGUGCUAACAAAGGCGGAAAUUGAGUCUCUUGGUGUGACUAAAUCGCUGAAAACUGAUUUAGAAAACGGCAAAAUUUGCUUUACUUGCUUGAAGACUCGUUUUACCUUCUGGGGUCCCUGGGCGACCGUUUGUAAGCUUUGCAAUCGCUCCAUUUGCGAUAGGUGCGCUACAAAGAUGCACAUCCCCACUGAGCAGUUUGAGCGAGUGCCCAUAUACUGCCUCUCUCCAAGUCCGUCGCCGCCAAAUGAGAAAACCACCGCUGAGCUGUUCAACUGGCCAAAGUUGGAUGCCAGUUGUGAGAACCACAAGGACGCAACGUCCGAGUCGGAGAAUGAGGGUGAAUCAAAGUCACUACCGCCCAAAAUCAACUUUUCUCGCAACCGAAUGUCUCGCAUUGUGCGCAUGCUGACGCUGCACAAUGAAAGUCACACCAUCAACGAGAACAGCAACCCGAAGAACUCGGGACCUCUAGUCAAGAUUUGUCGCGAUUGUAAAAUUCUGCUUCGCCACCUGAUUGACGUCGGAUGUGCGUCCAUUCAGUCGGGUGGUCAGACCACCAACAAGCAGUAG